AUGGAGGAAGUCCUCCAGUCUUUGAUAGCAGGGAAAAUACAGGAGCUUUUAGUAAGCUGCGGUAUUGGUGACUGCAGCGAUGAGCCUAUCAAGCAACACAUCCUUGGCAUUUCUGACUUUGUCCGCGAAACGCGGCUGCAGGUAGGAAUUACAGAUCCACCACAUCUUCCUACCCCAAGAGCUAGUCCGAAUCCUGAGGCAAAGCGCGGCUCUUACCGGUUCUUUCCCGCGUAUGAUAAGCGAGGCAGAGUGGACUACUCUGGGCUAGAUGCGCCUUCACCUAAGAAAAAAAGAAAGAGCAAAGACAAGGCGAAAGACAAUACUAUUCUCAAAGACAAGUCGCAAGGGAUGAACGGCGUUGUGUCGCCCCUAGGGGGGGAACAGACCGAUUCUCCGGAUGAAGAGAGCACCGCGAUGAAUCUACCUCGGGCCGGGACACCCCUGACCCACACGAGCACCCCUCGGUAUAAAGAAUCAUGCCACAGUAUUGUCGAAAACAUACUUGUCAAUUGUAUAAAACUCAACGAUCCUCUUGGAAGGUACGGACGCCGUUCAAAGCAGGCAAAUAUUACAACGAAGAUGGAGGAGAUCCAGAGCUUUGUGGAUGGCAUAGUCAAGCUGCAAUACCCCGAUGCAGUCCAGCUGAUCAAGCAGGAGAAUGCGUUUACCGCAAGCCAAGGUAUCCAGUCUCGAUUUAACGAGACCGUGUAUUGGGAAAUAAUCAAGAAAGGCGCGGAUCUCCUUGAUCCAAAGGAUUUGCCAACCUCUCGAGGCCCUCUCGAUGAAUUCACGAUGGCAGAAAAGGUCGCCACUGAGCGGUUCAUGAGGGAAGCGGGCUAUGGGCUUAGCCUCGCUAACCAACGGCAGUGCCGUCUUUUCUGGAAACGAUUGUUCCAGAUGCGUAACGCGGGUGCUGACAAGAUCCUCUUGUACCGCACAAAAGAAUUCGACCGCUUCUGUAAAAGCUACUCAUCAGAAUCUGGGGCUGCUUUGGUGGAGAUGGUCCGACUCUGGGAAGAAAAGUAUGGCGUUCAUAUUAAACAACUGGAAGAGCGGGUGGCCGAAGAGAGCAAGGGCGAUUUGACAGGAAGGCUGUGGCUGAGCCAGCCAUUCGUAGCGGACAGGCUCAAUGUUCCAGAAGUUGAAUGGAACAGCGCUAUCAACCGGUGGUCCUCCAGCGUAGAGGAGACAAUCUUUCAAUCGACCGGGUCAUACGAGCCAUCAUCUACACCGCUCGGUGGGUUCUUUGACUUGCAGCCAAAUGCAGCAACAACGCGGAACAAAUCUAUUUUUGUCACCAUGCAACCUAAAGAUGAUGAUUUUCUCAUGGUUUGUCCUAUCAUUACCGUCCAGGAGGGAGACAUUCUUGGGGUAUUUGCUGGAGAAGUUCGGUACUCCUCUGAUUGUAACCCCGUCUACGGUAUACCUGGUCCUGAAGAAAGUCUUUGGUUGGACUACUCCAUGGUGACGGGAGUACUCAACUUUAUGAAGGUAUCAGCUCCCGGAGGUGACUCUAACGUUUGUCUUCAGUGGGAUCUCAUCGAUGAACACAACGAAGGAAACGUACAUCUCAUGUGGAGAGUCUCGGUUAUUGCUUCUCGUGCAAUUCAACCAUUUGAAGAACUAAUUCGCGUUGCUCAUCAUAAAGUACAAUAUCUUCUACAUCAGAAGCGAGCCUGUGCCAGGCGAGGAUAUACAAAGACUCGAAAUUCCUGA